CUAUAUUUAGGAUUGAAACCAUUUCAUAAAUUAUCGUGACGAAAUUGAAAAGAUCAAUGACUUGUUUGACUAAUUUCGAUGUCUCAAGUUUAAUUUUUUGCUAUGCUCAUAUGUUUAUUUCUUCCGGUAAUAUGUUGAUGAAUAUAGAUCUUUUAGGAACUAUUUUAUUCAUAAAACGUUCGAAGCGAAUAUAUAUUAUAUAACGAAUGCUAUAAAUAACAAAAUAAUGCUUUUGGAUAUCUUCUAUUUCCUUCGAAGAAUUUAUAAAUAUAGUAUCGAGUAUGGCAUAGGUUCAAAAGUUCAGGACGUUUGCGUAAAGAAAAGCCAUUACAUGAUACGAUAACACCGCAGAGUGGUGGCGUAUAAAAAGCGGGAACAGACCAUCUAGCUCCCUUAGUUUCCAAGGACACUUCAGAACUUUCCUAAAAAUUGCAACUGUUGCCCGCGUUUCGUCAAUGAAGCAGCAACAACUGAGUGUGAACAAAUAAUCGUUUACAAGUUAAUUAAAUGCGGCAUAACUCGUUCAAUAGAAUUUUAACCACAUUUAUUUUGGAUAAUUUGAGUAGAGAGGAAAAAUGUUCGUAGCUCUCAAUCUUAAUGGAGUGAGUCAAUCAACAAGCAUUAUUCUUGUGUAAUUUGGUCAGAUAGAAAAGUAAUUGACUUUUCCUUGAAUUUGAAACAAAUACACGUCGGCCCAAUAAGAUUGCAUCAGUUACGCAGUUCCCGCCAACAUCGCACCACAAACACUAAGAAAGGUGUCGACAAAACUCUUGGUAGCCUUAUAACGAGAAAUCAAAAAUAGAACAAAAUUGAUUUGGGAAAGGAUUUCGUGCAAUUAAACUGUAUUAUUCGAGUGAAUACAACCAAAAAGUGGCGCCAGUACGACAUCGGAUUUGCGAAAUAUCCGCCCCAAAGUAUAAUGUUCCCGUGUAUUACCUUUAACUAAUUUAUUGAAAGAUUGAUUAUGUUCAUUAAUUUAUUCAAUAAAAGCGAUUUUAAUAAUUAAAAAUGUAUAUGGCUCUAGGCCAUAUGUAUAAAUAUGAAACAAUCAUAUUAUUAUCUUGUGGCCUGGUUUAUGAUGUCUGGUUAAGCAUAUAAAGUGUGUUUCCAGCGCCAAUAGCGAAACAUUUAGGAAUACUUUCAUAUACCGGUAAUUGAUUUGUUAGCAACGAUGGCAUAUGAAAGUUGAUGCAUCGUUUCAAAUUUAUGCUAUAGCUAAGACUCCAAUUUGCCCUGGAGGCCAUGAUUGUAGCUAGCGCCAAUUUCUAAGUUGUUCAACAUGGUAACUUAGUGAGAAAGCACAGCCAGGCACGUACAGAUCGGAAAAUAAUAUUCCUGACAGACAAAAAAUAAGAAAGCUUCGCAGACGAAAGUAGAGAUUAUCGUCUCGCAUGCUCAAUACUAUUCUAACUUUUAACGUCGUUUUUAUGUCUACAAGAUUGCAAUUUUAAAAAAUCUGCAAUAAGUUUGCAGAGAAACUAAUAAUGGAUGCUACAUUUUUUUUAACUAAGUGGAGUCUACUGAUAAUUUUAUUAUGCUUCCAGGAAAAGACAUUAGCUUGCCAGCAACAAGUGUGUCGCCGUCGCCGACAGAUAUCUGACGAAAUAGUUAAAGUUACCGACGGAACGGUGAAACUUGAGUUGCGGGGAUGUACAGGGAGAUCGCCGACAUGGGUACGACAAAUAGCAUAUUGCCUCAACUUAUCAACAAUCGAAAUGGCACUGACGAUAAAAGAUUGGUACGCCAGCACGUACGAAAAAUGUUCGAAGCAGGGUUGUUCAAACUACGUUUCUGGAAACAAAGACAACGAUGCAAUCAAAAAUUGCAUCGCUUGCUGGAAAGGGUCUGUCAGAGAAUCUGAGGUCAUUCGUGACUUCAACUUAACUGCUCAAGAAGUAGAUCCAUGCAUAGAAAAAUAUAUUUAUGCGUUUUUGAAUAAAGAUUUGCCGAUUUUGAACCCUGAAACUCGUUUGAAAAGUCAUAUUGAUUUGGCCGACAUUCGUCCUGCAGAAUACUGGUGGUCGGUCAGAGUAGAACUCCCAUGCAAGCCCAAGCUAUUUAAGUAUUGGAAUGCGUACUGUAUCAACUCUUUUGCAAGAGAUCUGAAAGAAGGUGAUUACGUGUUAGUUCAAAACAACCUCAUUGAAGAUAAGUCGGGCAGAAUCACGUUCUUUGUGCAAUUCAGUAACACGUGUACAUUCGAGCCAGAAGAAGUCAGGAUAAUUUGGGAUGAAUCGACACCAGCUCAGUCUUUGGUACAAUCUUCUGCGUAUCCAUCGCAGUUUCCUCCAGCUGCUGAAGAAAACUUCAGCGUUUAUUUUGAUGUAGACGCGGCAAAACGUCUCAUAGAUACAGAUGGAGGUGUUCCUAAAGAAUUUCGACGAGCGAGAUGGCAAGCAAAAAAAUCUGCUCGUGGUAAAAGGCAAAUAGAAGAAAAAACAGCUCUUGCAAGAAUCGGAGUUUUGUUCCCGUGUUCUGUACGAUCUUUCAGGACAACGGAUAUAGACGUGAAAUUACCGUAUAGAAUAUAUGGUUAUGGUGAUCGAUUUUUGAUCGACACUGACACGAUUCUCGGACAAGAAAACGGAACAAAAAUAAUGAACUUUGCAUUGGACUACGGAUUCGAUGAGACUCGUUGUUUUUUUGACUCAGGUGACACGAAAUUAGUGCCGAAUCCACCCUCAAAUUGGUUAAAAACAAGCAAAGCGAGACAUAUCAUGACAGAAAAGAAAGCAUCUUCUGGAAUCUCGUGCGCAACCUGCGUUAACAUGAGGAGCGAUAAAGACUGCUUAGACCGAGGAGUAGUAACGCCAUGUGCGCCAGGCGAAGGGUGUCAGACAGAAGUUAGACAAAUAACAAGAGAUCUCAAAUUGAUCACUAAAGCGUGUAAGCAGCGAAUAGCGUGCCAGGCAGAAUCAAUGGGGAACGCAAGCCCGCAGUGCCGACCAAAAGAACCAGGAAGUGUCUGCCGGUGCUGCUGUUCCUCGAACAUGUGUAAUGCUGGUAAUAACAACUGCUCCCUAUGAAAAUAGCUAUUAUUACAACAAUGCUAUUUAUACUUAUAUUUAUGACGUCACACUUCAAAUUGCUGACUUUUUCAGGUAAUCAGCAUCAUACGGGAGAUUUCUUCAUAUGCAAAAAUUCAUUUAUGUGAAACGUUAUUAUUUUACUUUUUUUGACAAUGUGAUCAAUGUUGCAGCAAAAGAUUGUGGAUUUUUGUACAUUUUAUUCGUGAUUUUUUGAUUAAACUAAUAUACAUAUAUAGUAUAUACUAAUGUUAUACUUCUGGAUAUAGCCUAGCAGGGUGGUCCAAACUCAGGCCCGCGGACCACAUGUGGCCCGCCGCUUCAUUAUCUGUGGCCACGUCACAUUCGGAGAAUAAUUAAAAA